AGCUCCGACUCAGCUCGUGCAAUUCUUCUGCGCGUUUCCUGACCCUCCUUCUGCGCGUUUCCUGACCAUGGCGGUGGUUGAAGUUCGUGGAACAGGUGGCAUGCUCAGCCAGGCGGAAGAGGGCAUGAAGCUCUUUGCGCAAGUGGCCUCAGCGGCAGAGUACGACCGAGCAGCUGCCGAUAAGUACAAGGCGGAAGUCGAGGCCCGUAUCUCCGCCUUGGAAGCCGAAGCUGCUGUGCUCAAUGGCAAGGACAAUAAGAAGGAGCGGGCAGCAAAGGGCAAAGAGGCGGCUCAGCUGAAGGCCGAGCAGUGCUACGUGGACGCCUGCAAGAUCGUCAAGGGACUGGAACCCAAGUUCGGCCAUUUCGUGACCAAGGCUGCGGAGGUGUUUGUGGCUCAGAAGGCUGUCCAGGAGGAGACAAAGGAGAAGGCCAAGAAGGAGAUCAAGAAGGAGACUAAGAAGGAAUCGGCAGGCCUCAGCCCCGCGGAAACCAAGGAGCUGGAUGACUUGAAGCAGGCAAUCGUGGAGAGGAAGGCAAUCCUGAAGGAGCAAGGCAUGAGCGGUGGUCAGCAGAACAAGGAUGAAGAGGUUGUCAAGAUGGUCAACCGAAUGACCGAGUUGAAGGAGAAGCUGGACCCUGGAAGCACCAAGAAGGAGAAGGAUGCCAAGAAGGACUCCAAGAAGAAAACCCCGCUGAGCGCUGAAGAGCAGAAGGACUUCGCCAAGCUCCAGGGCGAGAUUGAGAUCUACAAGGCCAAGCUGCGAACGGAGUUCGGAUACAGCAACAAGGAGAUGAAGGCAGACCCAGAUCUCAAGGACAUGGAGGCUCGACUGGCAGCCUUCGAAAAGCGCAGCUGAGAGGAGCACGCAGGGCUGGCAGCGCAGACGGCGUACUGCCGCCACGCCCGAAUAUGGCUACCCAUAUUGUUCAUAGCAAAUUCGCCCAGCGUUUGUCUGUGAUUGUCCACGCAGCUACUCCGACUUGUACACGCUCUCACAUUGCUCACAGACAGACUG